AUGCCGGUGGAUAGUUUGGAGCUGGAGACAUGCUCCUUCACGGUGCAGGGCUCCACCUUCGAGGUCACGGAGCUUACGGCAUCGUCGUAUCGGCUGAGGUCAAAGAUGUCGGAUGACUUUGCUGUGGUCCGUUCCAUCAUUGAGGACAAGUUGCACCAGGAGUUCUACAAUGUGCCUACCAAGGACCUGCCACCCCGCAUGCAGCCGCGGCAGCUACCAAACCUUCAGGAUGCUAUGAAGAUCGACUGGGAUGACUGGAAGAGCUGGGAGUGGAUGCAGCCUGGAUGGAAAGGGGUGAAAAUGCACUCCCAGUGUGUCAUCAAUGCCGAUGGCUCCGCCGAGAUCAGAAGCGCCGCGUGUGGAAGUGAGACGCACGCAGGAGUGAUGCAUAUCAACCAGCCGGCAGCAAAGUCGUCGCUCUGGGCAAAAGUCACAUUUACAGGGUGCGUCGCAGAGCAUCUGUACUUGGUUCUUACUGAGGAGCGUCAGCAAAUGGAAAAUGACUCUUUUCCAGCUCAGCGCCGUGAUCAGCAGGCUUGCCAGGUUUUCCGAUCCGAGCAUGUCGAGGAGAUCGAGGAGAAAGUUGCGCUCAAGAAGAUCGAGGGUGUUUUCGAACACAUUACGAUCGCCAAGCGCACGCUCCGGGAGCUCCGGAUCCUGCGACAUCUACAACACGAGAACCUGAUGCAGGUCAAGAACAUCUUUAUGGUGGGCUCCAGAUAUACCUUCCAGGAGCUCUAUGUCGUUUCGGAACUCAUGGAGACCGACUUGGCUUCUACCUUGAGGUCUUCUCAGAUGUUGACAGACGAUCACUGUCAGUUCUUUUUGUACCAAAUCCUGCGUGGUAUGAAGUACGUGCACUCGGCUCAGGUCAUUCACCGGGACCUGAAACCAAGGAACCUGCUGGUGAAUAGCAACUGCGACCUCAAGGUGGCAAAUCUUGUUCACUACAUUGCCACAUUACACUACGUGUUGCAAGUCUUCACCAGAAUGGCUCUCAGCGAAGUGCAACGCAACCUGCUUCGACUGGCACAGAUCUGCGACUUUGGCUUGGCCCGAGUGCGCUUCUCCGACAAGGAGUGGGUCUGUCCCAUGACAGAGUGCGCCCUAGGUACGUCUGUACGCGUUGGUAUCGUGCUCCAGAGGCUGCGACAGUCCUGUGACGACUCCAGUGGCUCCAGACACUGCCAGACCAUGGGACUGACUGGCAAGGUGCUGUGCUCUUGGACAGACUACUCGUGCGAGUCGAUCGGCUGCAUAUUGGCUGAGAUGUCGACACGCAGGCCGCUUUUUCCAGGGCAGAGUACUCAAAACCAGCUGGACAUGAUCAUCGACCUUCUCGGCUCCCCUGAUUCUCAGGAGCUCAUGAAGAUUCCCAACGAGAAGUGCCGGAAAUUUAUCAAGUCGCUGCCGGUCCAUGCGACCAAGAGCUUUCCAGAGGUUUUCAAGUCGAUGCCAGAACCUGCGGUAGACAUCCUUAGGAAGAUGUUGCGCUGGGACCCUUUGAGUAGACUCAGCGUGGAGGAGGCCAUCGCGCAUCCUUAUCUGGACAAAUUGCAUUGCCCCGAGGAUGAGCCCACCAGGGAGCCCUUGGAUACGACGGACUUCGAGUUCGAGAGGCGGAAGAUUACGCUGCCGGCCCUUCGGGAGGAGAUUUUUAGAGAAGCUCUGGAGCAUUUCCCAGAGGUUAAGGAGCGCUUCGACCAGGAGAUUCGUUCCGGAAACGAGAAGCCCCACGACAUCCUCCAGUACCGGCUCCUACUUCCCGGUGAAUCUCAGUACUCGUCAGAUGAAGAGUCCGGUGAGGACAUUUGA